GUGGUAUCAGCCCCCAAGACCUCCUGCAGGGUGCAAUCGGCAACUGUUGGCUAGUAGCAGCUAUGGCCUCGCUGGCCGAGUUCCCAGAGGCGGUGGAGGCACUGUUCAGGCAGCGCGAGCUGGCAUCCGACGGCCGCUGCCAGGUCCAAUUGCAUGACUCUCAUGGUCGCAGCGUGGCACUGGCAGUGGACGAAUUCAUCCCUUGCCACAUCCGCGAAUGGUGGGACGAUGAGGGCAUGCCUCUCUUUGCCCGGCCCAACGGCAAUGAAGCUUGGGUACUCCUUUUGGAGAAGGCCUUUGCAAAGAUGUUGGGGUCUUACACCGCUCUUAGCGGUGGCAACUGCUGCUCUGCCUUUCGUGCCUUUACUGGCGAACAAAGCUUCGUUUGGGCACGCUCAGAGGGCGAGACGGCGCGGGUCGAGGGCGAGUGGAAGAAGAUGCAAUUGGCUUCUGGGGAGGACUACUUCAUGUGGACGCCGGGCACAGAAGAACGGCGUGAUGCAUCAAGUUUGUGGGAGGAGGUGCGAAGCUAUGACCGCCAAAGCUUCCUGGUGGCCUGCUCCAUGCGGGCCAGACACGGCCAGGAGCACAUACGGGAGGAUGGCCUUGUAGAAGCACAUGCUUAUUCCCUGUUGCACGCGGUAGACGUAGAGGGGCAGCGCCUGGUCUUUUUGCGAAAUCCCUGGGGCAACGACAAACGCUGGAAUGGGCGAUGGUGCGAUGGCGAUGAGGCGUGGGCUCAAUAUCCUGGGCUGCGCCGGCGCUUGCGUCCGCAGUUUCGCAAUGAUGGUGCCUUUUGGAUGGCCUGGAUUGAUUUUCAGGCGAGCUUUGACUUUGUCUAUGUGUGCGCCAAGCGGAUGCGCUCCGCUGCAGAUGCCAGCGAACACGCGCGCCGUUCCGAGAUGGGCGAGGUUCCUGAACCCGCCCCUGCUCCUGCUGCGCGACGACGUCGUAUCGCACGCGCCUUGCCUGAGCGCCUACCACGUUUACCCCCUGGUGCACGUGUUGAGCUUAUGGGUCAUGACUUGGAAGGAUGCGUCUUUGAGGUGGUGGGUUGGGAUGAAGAGGCUGGCAAGUACCAGCUGCGAUCAGUUCCGCCUUCUCACUGGACGUGCCCGAAGUGUGGUGAGGUCAACAAGCGAGCGCGCUCCUCCUGCAACGUUUGUGGUGGCGAAAGGGACGCCCUGGUGCCGGGUGCUACAUCGCGUUGGCCGCUGAGUGAAAGAAACCUCCACGUGCGGCCGGAGUACCUUGUCCUGCCAGCUGGGACGGAGGUGGCGUUGGACGGGCUUCGAGAUUUCCCCGAGCUCAAUGGCCAGGAGGGUACCAUUGUGGCCUUCGAUGCCCUGACGGGGCGUUACCACGUUCGCCUUGGCGACGGCGGUGUGAGGGCCAUUCGGCCACCGCACGUGGUGGCACGAAAGCCACCGUCCAAGGAGCAGGAAUUUGGCAGAUGGAGCCCACCAGACCCAGAGCCCAGCCCUGUGGACGAGCCAGAGCCGCCAGAAGAGGCCGCCAUGGACAAUGAAGAUGACUUUGACCGCCUUGCAGAGGCGUUGGAUGAGCAACUGCAGCUCCAGCGAGAUGUGCAGGCAGCAGAUGGUCGGUGGAACCUUCGAAGGGGGCAGCAGCUCGUGCGCGAGGGCAUCAAGCCGUUGCUCGUGGAACGCUGUGCCAUUGCUUGCGCCGCUAGUGGCCACGCCGGUGGUUUCUUGGCGAGAGGCUGGGGAAGCGGAGCCACUGAGGCGCUCCAUCACCAGGGCUUCGAUCUCCACGAGAAGCUGGCGAAGGAGCUGGACAUCCGCAGCUACCGACGGCUGCCCACACUUUCUGUGGGCGGCAAGCUGCGCAGGGAUGUCAAAGAUCGAUUUCCGUGGGUGGACCGUGCUGGCGCGGAGAUGAUGGACCAGGAGACUGCACAGGUCAAUCCUGCAGAGGUUACGUCCAAACUCAUGGAUGCCGCGUUGGCUUUAGGGGCCAAGCUGCGCUUGGGCAAGGUGGAAGGAGUGAAGAAAGAAGAAGAUCAGGUGACAGCGGUGCUUGUGGAUGGCGAGGCUGUGCAUUGCAAGAAGCUCAUCUUUGCCAUGGGUCCCUGGUCGGUUCUCCUGGAGCAGUGGAUGCCAGAGGUGAAGGUGCCCAUGGAGGGCGUCCUCAGCUCCUCGCUGCUGUUUCAAGUGCCGAGGCCUAUCGAGCCAUGCGCACUCUUCUGCGCAGAGGAUGAUUUUCACUGCCACUUGGAGGUGAAUCCACGAAACGAUGGAACUGUCUACGUGUGUGGAUUGGGCGGUUCAACCUACCUGAAGGAGCUGGACAUUGCCAAAUUGCCCCCAGAGAUGGUGAAGCCCAACCCGGCUCGAGUCACAGCUGCAACCAAGUCGCUGAGGGCCAAGACCAGCCUGGUCGACGAUUUGGAGCCUUCUCCAGCUGCUUGCAUCCGGCCUUGUCCGCCAGAUGCCAGGCCAAUGAUUGGGAAAGCCUACGGAAAUGUCUUCCUGGCUUGUGGCCACAAUUGUUGGGGGAUCCUUUGGGGCCCCAUCACUGGGCAGAUCAUGGCGGAGCUCGCAACAGGAGGCAGCCCUUCCGUGCCACUCGCUGCGUUUGACCCGCAGCGCUUCUUGCCUCGGGCAGUCAAGAGGGGUCGACACAUGCGGGAGCAGCCAGUGGGUGAGCAGUGGUGAGGGCCUUCCGCCUUGGAGUUUCCAAAGAUGGCAGUGG